GUCAGCACUCAGCAGGUAUAUUCCCUACCUCGGGGUAUUGCUGUGUGUUACUGGCCGAGACCGUUUCAGCAGCAGCAGUUUCCAGUCCACCCGCCGAUCAACCCUCACCAGCCAAUCAGAGUCCAAAGGCCCCAGCAAGCCCCGCAACUCCUCCUUGUCUGAUAGCGAAUCAGCCCACUUCUCAGACACGGAGGAGGACUGCUCGUCUCGGGCACCCGUCAUUCGUCAGUUGUCUGGUGAUGUGAAACAGGUGCGCCAUGCCAGCCAGAGGUCAAAGGUGAGAGGUCACAACACGGGAGAGUUUGAGAGAACCGCUGCACACAACCCCACUGACCCGGCCAUAUGUCACCUCUCACAGAUCACA